CUCCGAUUUCAGCAAGUAUGUAAAUGUCACUUAUUAUUAUAUUUUACAAUUUUUAUGUUAUCAGCGGUCCGUAUUGAGUUCUCGUGAUCUCUCGUGUGUUUUGUGAUAAUUUCUGUGACCUAAACGUAAUGAUGGCGGCGCUGGGAGCUCCUAACCUCCGCGCGGCGCGCGCUCGCAACAUCACGUAACGACGGGAGUGCCCUGAUGGUGAGAAGAACCGCGAUGGUGCUGAGUACCGAGUGGGCGCAGGUUGAAGUUGUCGAGCUCACUAAUGAUGGAAACGGCCUGGGGUUUAAUCUUGUAGGCGGGCGAAGCACAGGGGUGGUCAUCAAGUACGUGCUACCGGGCGGAGUAGCGGACAAAGACGGGCGGCUGCAGAGCGGAGACCACGUCCUCCAAGUGGGGUCUGUCAACCUGCGCGGCUUCACUUCGGAGCAAGUCGCUGCAGUGUUGCGCCAGGCAGGACCUGCAGUGCGACUGCUGGUCGCGCGCCCGGCCGACCCUGCUGCGGCUUUACGUGCCCCGAUUCCCGGCACUGCGCUAGUCCCUACUAAAAUCCUCGGCGAUCCCGAGCUGCUGGACCGACACCUCAUAGAAACUGGCUAUGGUGCAGUGUAUGAUCUGUCUCAGUGCUUCACCGACUACAUCAACUCUCAGAAUGGCGUGGCUGAGCCCAGCUUCGUGGCUGCAGCUGUCAGUGUGAUUGGUGACAACCCUCAGCAGAUCCCUGACCACCCCAUCAUAUCUGAUGCCAUCUCACCCACCAUCACUAUCACUGUACCUGUGGAGAUCCCGAAUGAGCCUGAGAUUGAGAUUGUUCAUGUGGAUUUAAAUAAAAAUGUGUAUGGAUUGGGCAUAACUGUUGCAGGCUAUGUGUGUGAGAAGGAGGAACUCUCUGGAAUAUUUGUAAAAAGUAUUAUAGAAGGCAGCAGUGCUGAACAGAGUGGUAAAAUUAGAAUUAAUGAUAGAAUUAUAGAAGUUGAUGGGACUUCGUUAGCAGAUAAGACUAAUCCCCAGGCAGUAGAAAUUCUAAGAAACACAGGCAUAUCUGUGCACCUAGUUUUGGAAAGAUAUCUGAGAGGUCCAAAGUUUGAGCACCUUCAACUAGCUAUAUUUAAUGACGAGCGGCCCACAUCGCCGUCACCUUCUACAACCACCUUGUCCUGGUUUCCAGUGCCUUCCCAAGCUGAAAACAGUACCAUAGAAAUUGAACCUGAACCUGAGUCUAACACAACUAUAGACUCCAAUGUGCUAGAAAUUGUUGACACACAAGAACUUGUGGAUGAACCAACACAAGAAGAGUUGGACAGAAGAUUCGAUGAGAUAUUAGCUGUUGAUAAAGAAGAAAUAAAGAAACGGUGGGAAGAAGAAAUAGGGCCAGACAAGGAAAUCCUAGUGGCUGAAGUAAGCAAGCUAGAAGGGUUGGGUAUAAGCCUUGAAGGGACUGUAGACGUAGAAGGAGGGCAGGAAGUGAGACCUCAUCAUUAUAUUAGAUCUGUGCUUCCUGAUGGACCUGUAGGUCAGGAAGGUAGCCUUUCUGCUGGAGAUGAGCUUCUAGAAGCAAAUGAGUACCGACUCCAUGGCUUAACCCAUACAGAAGUAGUAAAUAUCUUGAAGAAGCUUCCAAAUAGAGUGCGGUUAGUGUGUGCACGCAGUAGUAUAGACAGUGGCCCACGGCCGCUUAUAAACUUAGCGCCAGACAGAGAAGGGUUUGAAGCAAGAAAGAUAAUAUCAGGCAGCUUGAAUAACUUGACAACCCUUGUGAAAGCACAGUCAGACACGUCAAUCAACACGUCCAGCACAGCUACAUUGACAAACCAUUCAAGCCAUUCAAAGAAGUCACGGUCUUUGGAGUGUGUGUCAGGUUUAGCCAUGUGGCAAAGCAAAGAAGACAUAGUGGAACUGUUCAAAGGUGAUCAAGGGUUAGGUUUCUCCAUAUUGGACUACCAGGAUCCUGUAGAUCCUCAGGGUACAGUCAUAGUUGUGCGUAGUCUAGUUCCUGGAGGUGUAGCUGAGAAGCAUGGAGAGAUAUCACCGGGAGAUAGAGUAAUGUCAGUGAAUGGUGUCAGUAUUAAGAAUGCUACCCUUGACCAGGCCGUGCAAGCUCUGAAGGGUGCUCCAAGAGGUAUUGUAAAGGUUGGAGUAGCAAGGCCACUUCCUCCACAAGACUCUAAGUCAAAAAGUACCACUACACUGAACACAAAACCAAGUUAAUUAAAUAUUGUGGUCAAUAAACUGUACUAGUCAAGUUGAGUCAUAUCUGUAUGCUUUAGGGUCUACAUAUCGUGGAGUGGCAGAUGGCGGAGAGGAUUCUGACAUAUAACAUAGUCUCACAAUCACUUCAAAUGGUUAUUAGGAAUUCAAAAGUAUAAUAUUGCUUCAUGUUUGGGAUUGGCAAAAAUGUUUUCAACUACUGAACAAUUUUUAGUCCUUUUUUAUAUCAGUUGUUUAUUUAUUAAAUUUGUUAGACAAUAUGAAAGUAUGUCAGAAGUCUCUCGAGGGAUAGUCACGAAGUCAGUAGAUGUAAGUUACACAGAGGUUGCACGACAGAGCUCAAAACUCGUAUGAUACAAUAAUAAUUAACGCUUUACUAGUAAUUAUAGGAAUAUGUAAGACACAUGUCAUUUUAAAAGCACAUUUUAAAAUUAUGCAAUGAAUUGUCUUGAAUUUUUUGUAAAUAAUUUCUUGUACACAAUUAAUGUAUCAAAGUACCUGUACAGUUGUUAUUCAAAAUAUUAAUUUUGUAUCCAAAUUGUAUUAUAUCAACUUAUAUGUUGCUCUGAUUGGAUUUAUUUAUUUAUGUUUAUUGUUGAAUGUUUUACAAGAGUCCAAGACAGUCCAUAGUAAUUAUACCUACUUACCUAUAAUAAUUUUACACAAAAUGUUCCCUGUAUUGAACAAUUGUUUUUUACUUUAGAUUGUAAUAUCACGUAUCUUGUAGAUAUUUACCUAAGGGAGCAAUUAUAUAAAAUAAAUUUUAUUGUAAAUAGGAAUAUUCGAAUCUCACUACACCUGCAUUGAAUAGUAUUAAUAUAAAUAUACACAUUUAUAAAUAAAAAAGGAUUUGAUUGUGAAUUGAGUUCUUGCCUUUUAUAUUUUUUGUAUAAAAAUCUUAAACUAUGUUGUAAGUAUGUAUAUUUAUAGUUUGCAAGUACAUAAGGACCUGUAUGAAGAAUAUUUACAAAGAAAACUAGUUUGUAAUUGAGAAGUAAUAAGAUAUACAUUUAUUUGGAAUCAGCUUCGUUAUUAGGUACCUCAAUGCCUCUUAGAUGUAAAGGCAAUAUGCAUUUUUGUUUGUAUAAUAAAUAUUGCACAAAACUAGGUGGGCACAUGUGAUAUGAGUGGUAUAUAUAAGCUAAUUAUAAUAUGUUUGAUAAGUAUUGUACAACUGUUCACCAAAUAGAUCUUAGACUAUUUUAUUGUAAUGCUGGGCUACCAUUAGAAUCGAAUUAUCUGAAAUUCCGGUGCAAUGGUCCAAGACAAUAAAAUGGUCUUUGGUUAUGCAUAAUUUCAAGUAUUAUUUUGCAUUUAUGUUAUCAAUUCAUAAGCUUACUGAUCUCUGAAGUACCGAUGUAAUCUUAUCGACACGCGGCAGAUCUUAAACUUUUAAUGUAUGCACACCCGGUCAGCUCUCUGCAUUAUUAAUUUGUCUAAGUAUUGAUUUUGUUUAUAUUGUUUACCUGCGCGUAAUUUCACAAAGAUUCCAAACUCAUAGGUAACUGUUUAGUGUGUUUUAUAAAUCUUCCAAAUAUAUUACAAUUUGAUUGUAAAACUGCUACGAGUCUCGCAAUUUAUCGAGCUUUUAUUCAAAGUUUGCUUCAACAUUUUUAAAUUUUAUUUUUAAUAAUAAAACAAUGUUCCCUCGAUCCCUUACAACUGUACGACCGAAAAUAAGUUAAUAUAACGCGCUGUAGGUACAUACAUAUUUUAUAACUCGAGGGAUUUUUAUAGAAUCCUCAUUAAAUUAUAAUUAUUAUAGUUCCUGUAAUUUCGCAUAAUAUAUAUAGACUUCAGUAGAUAUUAUGUUUUUAUUAGGUAGAUGAACAACAGUCUUAUUUUUGUAGUCUUUUAGUAAUUUUAUACGUGACUCGGUCUCAACUAAUGUAAUACUUUGUAUCUUCCCUCGAUCGUGCCCAUACAUUACCAUAAUUAAUUAAGCUACACAAAAAACCUAUGUAAAUUGUAAUAAAUGGUCUAUCCCACUAUUGGGCUUGAAUUAACAUAAAGUAAAAUAUCUUGUACUUAUGAAAUGAAUCACAUAUUGCCUAAAACAUUUCAAUGUUAAACUAAUGUACCUAAUAAUUAAUAAAAUCGUUUACAUUACUA